AACACACGGAUGUUCUAAGUUUAAAUUAUACACACUUGUAUAUGGGUGUGUUUAUUGCAUUCAAAUAAUUUAUGAUACGAACUGUAACUUCCGAAUCCACGCCUGACGAGUUUUAGGUUGGUUGACAAGAAUCGUAUUCGUAGUAUGCUUAUUACUUACUGUUGAUUAAACGCAAGUGCAUUAACAAUGCUGCUGGGAUUUAUUGUUUGUUUCACACUGAUCAAUGUGAUGGCAUGUCAGGGAGAAGAACCCUGUGACGGCCAGCUGAAGGCUCUCCAUCGUGCAUUUGAUGGUCGAAACUGGACUCUAGUUUUCGAACCAAAGAAUUUUACUGGUACUAUGUCUGUAGAGUGGUGGAAAGGAUAUGUGGGCCAGUGGUCUACUCUUGAGAGAAGUGAUACACGCUAUUCGCUUUGGUCGGAUAAAAAUGCCUUUAUGAUGACGAUCAAUAAAGUUGACUCAGAUAUAAGCGGGUCAAUAUUCAUUGCGAGGAUGAAUAUUGAAAAAAAAUAUUUUUGUGAUUCAAAUAAUCUGACUUUAUCGGUCGAAGGAAAUCCUUGCGGUUCGGUAUUCAUAAACAGCCAACAGACGAGUUUACCGAUUGUCAAAGAUACAGAUGUCUACAUAAACUACACACCGAGUAAUGUGAUACUGCAUAACAGAGAAGCCUUUACCACGUCGUGGGUACAAGAUCAAACUGGCGAUGGUAGGCAGACGAAGAUGAUGGUAAACAACACCAGUGGUUUCACGAUUUUACAAGAAAAUGAUGGCCGCACGAGUGUUAUAAUACGAGGAAUGCGUUUGGAGCUUAACGGAUAUUAUGGAGUCAGGUGUUUACAUGUCGGAAACCAAACGGAAACAUUAACAAAUACAGAAUCCGUUAUUAUACCAGACAAACCAACAUUAGAAGCCUUUUGUUUUGAUGGACAAAGGAAUAGUGGUUUUGCAUGUGAAGAAAUGUUCGCGAUCUUAAGUAUUAACAAUACUGUUAUCUGCAACACAACGGCCGGUACGCAUCCUUACCAGGUCGAUGUACUUCUUGAUGGAAACCGUGUGAAAACAUUAGUCAGCGGAGAUUUAAGAAAAGCAGACAUUCGUAUUACGGACGGCAACCAGCCCUUUCACGAAGUGAAUUGUACCGCCAGCUAUAUCGGUUACAACUACAAUUUUUCUAUUGUAAAGAAACUGCAUGUUAUCGUGCCUGUAGAAAAACCGGAGAUGCUGAUAAGCGAGUUAAAGGACAACUUUAUAAAUAUCACGUGUAGUUCAAUUGGUAGACCUACUCCAUAUCUCAGCAUCCUUAUUGGUAAAGAGGUAGGGCAGGAUCUCAUCCGAACAAAUCAGUUUGAUUCGUCAAGAGGAAUGAACAAGAGUGUUAUUUUUAUGAAAGACAACCCAGAUAAAUUGCAGAUGAAUAAUGUGACUUGUUGCUCACAACAAAUGGUGGAUAUAGUGGGAUAUCAGCGAAACGUGUGCUCCGACGCAAGGGAGAUCAACAUAGAAUAUCCCCCGAAGGUUACGUUUGAUGUCUUCGAUGCAUUGGUACUAAAAAACAACGAAACAAUUAAUGUUAUGUGUACCGUCAAUAGCAACCCUCAGUCUAAUAUUCUUUGGAGAACAGACGACAAAGUAUUGAAAGAGUGCAACAAAACAUCUCUGUGCUUGCUUUCGGUUAACGGAAGCGCAAUAAAGGGAGAAGAAUUUGCCAAUAAAACGUUCCGCUGUCAUGCGGAAAACAAAUUAGGAAACAGCACAAGGGACUUAUUCGUCAGUUCUGUUGGCCACUCCAAACAGGAAUCCACCUCAGACAGGAACGAAAAUACGAAUAGUCCAAGUCUGAUUGUUUGGCUGGGCGGCGGUAUCGGUGCUUUUGUCUUAGUGACUGGGAUUAUUGCGUUUGCUUUGUGUAGAAGAAAGAGUUCAGACCAAAAAAAGCUUUUGUCCUCACAAUCAGAUGAAGGUGCUAUACCCUUGAAUACCACGAGUGCAUCUGUCCCAGUUUAUGCGGAAACCAGCAAAACAAAGAAACCGAACGCGAAGUCCUCGGCCGCUGAUAGAAAGAUACCAGAAGCCCCGACGUAUUCUGAAGUCAGCAAAGUUAAGAAAAUUAACACAGAGAACUCGGCCGCUGAAGUAAAGGAAGACCAACUCGUGUAUGUUGAGCUAGACAAAACAGCAUUGUCCCAGCACUCAACUACCAUAAAACUAGAUAUUCCAAUUGAACUAACAGAGUACGUGGACAUUAACUUCGCAAAAACGGAGGAGCUGGCCAAUAAAGCUAAAGGUCAAGAGGUGCUGAAGGUGGACGCUGAUGAUAAAACAUAUAUGAACAGUGGUGAAGUCAAGUAACGUGCAUAAGUCUUAUUGUGCACACUUGUUUUAUGCAGAAUUGCCGAUGUUUGACAACUUAGCAAAACUUAAGUCUCUGACAACAAUUAUAAAUAUCGUUUAGUGUUUGUUUAUAUAUUUUGGUAAUUGUAUUUCCUUUGUAGAGUUGUAUUGCCUUCAGGCAAUUGAGCAGACUAGAGACAUUAUUCGAUAUUACGUGUACACAUAAAACAUACUGCAACAGAUUAGAUAACUAUACGCUAUAGAAAUAUUAAAGUAUUCCCAUAUUAUAGAUAUUUGAAAAGCGCACAAUUGAAACAGUGGAUUUUACUCUAAUUAAAAUAGCUAUACACAAGCUAAUACCCCUGACAGUAAUAUUUUGACACGUCGAAAUAAUAUGGAUACACGAAUGUGUUUUUUUGCCGAAAAUCUGUACUUAACACAAUACACCCGAAACGACUAAUAGUGUUUUAGACCUUCGAAAGCGUGUUUAUAUGUUGCGCGGGCUGAUUUUCACUCUAUUUGACCGCAAGACCUUGCGGUCUCCUGCCAUGUUUUAAUUCCGUUAUUGAGAAAGACGUCUUUCAAUUAACGGAUAUAGAAAACGAAAAUGAACACAUGUUCUAAUAUUUAGUUUUACAUCCUCAAAAUCAAAAACCAAACCUUGUAAAUAUAUACAGCAUAUAUGAUUGUUUUAAUGGCGUGUUCGUUCCUUUGUUUGUUUUAUAAUUAAGUUUUCAAGUUAUGUAUUUAUUGUUGUGUAUAUAUGCAAAUUUAUUAUAAUACGAUACUUUUAAUGGUAUGAGUACUUCUAGUAGAAUAUUGUUAUCAUUAAUGUAGUAUACAUCUUCUCGGUUAACGUUAAACAAAAACAACUAUUUAGGACCGCGUAUUAAGAAAAAAAAGCGAAAUAAACAUGCCUCAAAAAUGAAUUAGUUAUUUAGAGAAAAGAAAAGGCAUCACCAAUAAAGUUUGAUAAUAUUAAUAGAAUUGUUAGAACUCUACUGUUGGUCAUUGCUGUGUGUUAAUCUUUGAAAAGUUAAGACCAGCUCUAGAUAUAUAUAGUUAUAAAUACGAUACUACAAAUUUACAAAAAAAUGUAUGUCCUUAUUUACACAUAAGGAUUUUUCAAAGCUUUU